CUAGGGACGCUGAGGGAGGGCUAGGAGGAGCUGGACUGGACCAUUUUUUUUUUUUUUUUUGGCUGGAGUAGCGGGGAAGGAUAACGAAAAGGGUAAAGGGAAACCAGGGAGAGGAUGAAGUUGGCUCUAUUGUUGCGUAUACGGCGGAAGGUGGGUUAGAGUAUACAGUUUCAGAGAAACUCGAGACUACCUCUGACCUGAAACUAAUGCUCCCACAGAGAUCCUCCGGUGGUUUAGUCCGGCCUGGCCUACCGGACCUGCCCGACCGUCGUCGGCCGCAGCUCAGCUAAGCUCCCGGCACCGCCUCCUCCUGGCCCGCGGUAGGCUGCGGCACUUCUGUGGGUGGGGGAAGGCGGGACUGACGCAGAGAUGACAACAGCAACACGACAAGAAGUUCUUGGCCUCUACCGCAGAAUUUUCAGGCUUGCGAGGAAAUGGCAGGCGGCAUCAGGGCAGAUGGAAGACACCAUUAAAGAAAAACAGUACAUAUUAAAUGAAGCCAGAACACUGUUCCAGAAAAACAAAAAUGUCUCAGUCCAGCCGCCUUUCAGUCAGCAAGUGUUGGAGUGCCCAUGCUGUGCCAAACACUGGACUAGACAUGGAGGAUAUAAAAUGAGCGAAACCAAGACAGGAUCCCUCAAGGAUGUUUCAGAGUUAGAUGGCAAGCAGUGUAAAAUUGCAAUUGGGCUCACAGACACAGACCAGAUUAAACAGUGCAUAGACGAAUGCACAGCCAGGAUUGAAAUUGGACUGCAUUACCAGAUUCCUUAUCCAAGGCCAAUUCAUCUGCCUCCAAUGGGCCUUACCCCACUACGAGGCCGGGGACUUCGAAGCCAGGAAAAACUGAGGAAACUUUCCAAACCAGUAUAUCUCAAGUCUCAUGAUGAGAUUUCUUAACCCCGAAGAAAAUUUAUUUCUCAGAAAGAUGAGCCAACUAGGUCUUGAAUGUAAACCAGAUGACAAAACCCUUCUGUUUGAUUAGGGGCAAAAAUUAAAGUAUCUUCUUAAAAACCUCCAAAA